AUGGUUGGGACCGUCGACGUGCUUGUGGGCGCGACCUUUGCCGCCGAUGCGCUCCACGCGCGCGUGCCUUUUGUCUUUCAGACGGCGCUGCCGUCCGUCUCGGCGACGCUGCAAUGGAUGCCGUAUGGCCAGUGGCGCGCACUCCUGCCGCGCCCGCACGCGCAGACGACCAAUGGCCGCUGCAUGACACUGCUCUUUUUGCGCACGUGCGACGCUCUGGCGCUGCUAACGUCGCACGUGGCGCUCAAUCCAUCCCGGCACCUCGUCGUCGUGCUCUGCCCAUCGCCGCCCGACGCGAGCGCAUCCACCACCGACGACGAGUACUUGCGUGCACACAUGCCGGCAAACGCAGCGCUCGUGUCGGACCUCCGUGCGGUCUACGGCGCGAGCGACGACUUUUACAAUGCAACAUUGGACCUCGCCAUGCACAACCCGUACUCGCCGUGGAUGAAUAACCUCUUGGCGCUGCAGGCCGCGCGGCAAAUCUGCCGCGUGUUUCGACGACCGAAAAAGGUGCUGAUCCUCGACUGCGACCACACGCUGUGGUCGGGGGCCAUCGCCGAAGACGGACUGGCACAGAUUGAGAUCACGGCCGCCCAUGCCGCCUUUCAGAUAUUUCUCCUGGAGCAAUAUGCAUCCGGCACCCUUCUUUGUCUCUGCAGCAAGAACAUUCCCGCGGACGUCCAAGCCGUGUUUGAACGCCACCCAGAUAUGCAUCUCGAUCUUGACACGCAUAUUGUGUCGAGUCGCAUCAACCACGAGCUUAAAGGAGACAACAUCGCGGCGAUGCUGCAUGAGCUCUCGCUGAGCAUGGACAGCGCCGUCUUCUUCGACGACAAUGCGCUCGAGUGCGCUGCGGUGCGCGCCUCGUGCCCGUCGCUGGCGGUUGUUCAUGUGCCCCUCUUGCCAAAGCUGACGCCCAACUUUGCUGCGACUGUCUGGGCGCUCGACGCCAAUUUUGGCGCCGUCGUCACGACAGCAGAAGACAAGGCGCGCACGGCCAUGUACAAGCGGCAGCUGCAAGCAAAGGACUUUGGCCAAGAUAAUGAUACAACCAACGUCCUUGCCGCACUUGGCAUGCACGUUGAAAUGCAGACGAUGACGUCGGCGACGCCGCGGGCCACGCUCGAGCGCAUCGCGCAGCUCUGCCAGCGCACCAACCAGUUCAACCUUCAAACGACUGCGACGCGAGCAUACACGUCUGUGGAGCAACUAUAUGCACUGGCAUCGACCGCAACGAUUCUGUACGUGUCGGUCACGGACAAGUAUGGGCACUACGGCCUCGUGGGCGUCGCCGUCUCGAGGUGCACGGACAGGACGGUCCAUAUCCCUCUUCUCUUGCUGAGCUGCCGUGUCCUCAACCGCCGCGUCGAGCACGCCAUGCUGCAGCGCAUCGCGGUCGACAACCCGUGCAAGCGUCUCCGUCUUCUCCUCGAACCCACGAUUCGCAACGCACCGAUCCGGAUGUUCUUGACGCAGCUAACCAACGGCACGGGUAUCGAAGACCUCGAGACACGCCACGUGCUGUACGAAAUCGAAUGCGACGACGUGUGCGGCAUUUAUGACGAGGCGCCGAUCGUGCAGCAGACUCUCGCGGCGCCGCCCGCGUCGGCUGUCGAAUGUGCUGGCGAGCCCGGGUGCCCGACCGUCGCGCUGCAUUGCCUCGACGACGUCACCGCGUUUUUUGCGCCCUUGGAAAAGGCCGACACCUCGUCGUCGGUGCUCGAGACCCAAGCCGCCAAUGUGGCCAAGUUUCGGCGACUUCAGCGCGAAGCCGUCAAGCGGCACGUCGAACACGACACGCCAAUCUGGACAACCAACAACGUGACCGAGCGCCAGCGUUGUCGGCAGCCGGCAUGCGUCCAGGAGAUUCCGCUCACGACGCAAUGCUUGUUUCGACGGUGCCGGACGUGCUGCUACCAAACGCAAAAGCUCCUCGAGCGCGCGACGACCGGUGUCCAUCCGCAGGCGCGGGCCGCCGCGUCGGCGCACUUGCGCGCGGCAGGCGUCGAGGUGGGCACCGCACCGUACUGCACGAUGCACGUCAACCCACGCCGCGCCGCCAAGCGCAGCGCGACGGCAGAAUAG